AUGGCCACAAGACCGCAACUCUUCACGCGCGGCCUCUCAGGCCUCUCGCAGAGCUCCAACGCCGGCGACGUCAGCUCUCCCGCCGAGCAGCGCGACGAUGCGAAGCGCAACCUGUUCAAGACGAUGCGACCACUGCCCACGCAGCACUACUGGGACGUCUACUUUGACCGGCCCAAAGAACAAAAACCCGAAGCCGCUGCUGGCCAGACCGAAUACACGGCCCAUCUCGAAAAGAUUGGCACCCAGAUCGAGUCGGUCCAGGACUUUUGGCGCUACAACAACAACACCCCCGUCGAGAAUAUCAAGAUGCGCGAGUCCAUCUACCUCUUCAAGUCCGGCUUCAAGCCCAUCUGGGAGGACCGCCGCAACAUCAACGGCGGCAGCUGGACGUUUCGCGUGCCAAAGGCCAUUGGUCCAGACUUUUGGACUCGCAUCCAGCUGCUGGCCAUUGGCGAGAAGCUGCAGAGCGUCAUUGACGAUGCCGACCAGAUUUGCGGCGUCGGCCUCUCCGUCCGCUUCAACUCGCACCUCAUCACCGUCUGGCACCGCGACUCGUCCAAGCAAAACUCCGUCGACGCCCUGAUAGCCUGCAUCCUCGAGGAUCUUCCCCCCGAGCUGCAGCCCAAGCCGGACAACUACUUCUACAAGAAGCACUCGGACCACGCCGGCUUCAAGGCCCCGCCCGAGCUCCAGGCCGUCCUCGACUCUCAGAAGCGCAACGCCGCGGUUGCUGCCGCCAAGGCGUCUGCUUCUGCGUCUGCGGUGCCGCUUGAGGCGCCUGCAGUGACUGUUGAUUCUCCGCAAUAG